AUUUUUGGGCAGCCCGGCUGCCCCUAAAGCUCCAGGGAGGAGGAGGCCUCUCCACAGCACAGAGAGGACGCCGUCGCCCCGGCUCUCCCACAGCCCUCGGGUCGGCCUCGAACGGCGUGUCAGCCUGAGGAGAAGCAGUCGCAGGGAGCGGGCCUGGUUUCUCCUGCCCCUGCAGAGGGGCUCUCACGACUCGGAGGAGCGGGUCGCCUGCCCGGACUCUGCGGGACGGCUGCCCCCAGACCCAAGGCGGAAGGCGGCGCUGCGUGCACCGGGGCGGCUCCCGCGGAGGUGGCCGCUCCGCGACGCCCGGCAACCCGUGGGGCGGCCUCACUUCUUCACAGGCGGAGAGCAGGCGAGCUCCCGCCGUGCAGGGGUGCCGCAGAGCCACCCCGCGUCUCCUGCACGCAGUGCCUCCGGGAGCCGCCGGCCCCUGCCGCCCGCCUGCCAAGAUGGAGCAAACAUGUGAUGAUAUAGAUGAAAUGUUCAGCAAUUUACUUGGGGAGAUGGACAUGCUGGCCCAGAGUUUAGGAGUGGAGACUGUACAACCUCCAUCCUCCAAAGUGUCCAACAAUGAAUUUAGCUUUACAGUUGGUUUUAAAGAUUUAAACGAAUCUCUAAGUGCCCUAGAGGACAAAGACCUGGAUGCUCUAAUGGCUGAUCUUGUAGCAGACAUAAAUGAUGUUGAACAGAGAACUUUACAAGCCCAGAAAACUUCUUCUGCCAACCAGCAAAGUAUGGUCACUCAGCCUUCAACAGCCUUGGAUAGCGACAUUUGUUCUAAAUCAAGUCCCUAUGUUACCAUUACUGGACGGUUUGGGGAUGACUUGCCCCCUCCACCUCCAGACCCUGAUUCAGACCUACCACCACCGCCGCCGCCUCCUCCUCCUGAGCCACUCACCCAGGAAGAGCGAGAGGCACAGGCGAAAGCUGACAAGAUUAAACUUGCAUUGGAGAAACUGAAGGAAGCCAAAGUUAAAAAGCUUGUUGUCAAGGUGCACAUGUACGAUAACAGCACAAAGUCACUAAUGGUGGAUGAGCGUCAGGUGACACGGGAUGUUUUAGACAAUCUCUUUGAGAAAACGCAUUGUGACUGCAACGUUGACUGGUGUCUGUAUGAAAUGUACCCAGAGCUGCAAAUUGAAAGGUUUUUUGAAGACCAUGAAAAUGUUGUUGAAGUGUUAUCAGACUGGACUCGAGACACUGAGAAUAAGAUUCUGUUUUUGGAAAAAAGUGAAAAAUAUGCUUUAUUUAAAAAUCCCCAGAAUUUCUACCUGGCAAACAAAGGGAAGAAUGAAAGCAAAGAAAUGAAUGAUAAAAACAAAGAGGCUUUACUGGAGGAAAGCUUCUGCGGGACAUCUGUCAUUGUGCCAGAGCUUGAAGGGGCCCUUUAUUUAAAAGAAGAUGGGAAAAAGUCCUGGAAGAGGCGUUAUUUUCUUUUACGAGCUUCUGGAAUUUAUUAUGUACCCAAAGGAAAAACCAAGACAUCACGGGAUCUGGCAUGCUUCAUUCAGUUUGAGAAUAUGAACGUUUAUUACGGUUCUCAACACAAAGUGAAAUAUAAGGCACCUACAGAUCACUGCUUUGUCUUAAAGCACCCCCAGAUUCAAAAGGAGUCACAAUAUAUCAAGUACUUAUGCUGCGAUGAUCAAGCAACCCUGCAUCAGUGGGUAACAGGAAUAAGAAUUGCCAAGUAUGGCAAGACGCUAUAUGAUAAUUACAAAUGUGCAGUGAAGAAAGCUGGCUUGUCCUCUCGGUGGGCAAAUCAAGGGACGGUGGAACCAGCUGCCCCUGCCGGAUCCUUACCAGCAGGUGCUGUUCAGUCAAAUGGACAGAUUCCCCAAAUUGUUCGUCAUUCCAGUGCAGAAUUUCCAGAGAGUCAGAAGAAAGUGGACACAUCAGAGGUACAGGCUAAGUCAGACAACAUCAAUGUGCCUGGCCUGGCACAGUCAGUGAUGAGGUCACAGAGAUACCAGAGUAAGAGGAACUCACUGCAGCCUCCUCCCCCACCUGAAAGGCGGUCAUCUGCUAUUUCUGUUUCACCAAUUCUACCCUCCAAAGUCAAACGAGACAGCGGCGUUUUCCUAACAGAUCCAGACAGCUUUCCAGCACCGCCACCUGCACUGAAGAUUGAUUUUCCAAUACCACCGUCUGAUUUCUGCGAACCUCCUCCUGAUUUUGUGCCUCCACCACCACCAGCCUCCAGCAGCGGUAAUGGAGACCUGCCAUUACCCCCUCCACCUCUGCCUGUUGCCAGUAAGCCACCACCUCUGACAAAGAAACCUGUGCCACUUCCUUCAACAAGGCUAGAAAACACAGGACAAGCUGGAGAGCCACGGUCAGCUGGGCCACCUCCCAUUGGGGGUGGAGGCAGGCAAGCAGAUUUCAUGUCCGACCUGAUGAAAGCUCUUGAGAAGAAAAGGGGCAGCAGCUCCUGAACUCUGGGAGCAGGUGGACUUCAAGCCAUAGCUGGUUUUGUGAGGCAUCAUGGAAGGUCGUGCUGGAUCAGGCUCCUCCAGGAGGAAUUCUCCUUCGGAGUUCCUCCUGGGGGUCUCAAGAAGUAAGGUGGGGUGCCCUCUGUCCCUUACUUUGUCCCUAUAACCUGCUCCUUCCCCCCCCGCCAUUAACUACCAUUCCAGCAUCAGGCUGGGGUAAGAAUUGGCUGUAGAGUCUUGCUUCAACCCAUCAGGACAGCCAGGGAUGGUGGAGCAGCACUCUCAGAGCCAGCCAGCAAGUGAAAUGCAUCUUCUGUGGCUGCCUCGCUAGUAGAAUUGGAGCUGAAGGAAAAAAAUACAACAAUGUUCUCGUGUGAAUUUUGAGAAGUGGGAAGAGCCCUUUUCAAAGAAUUCCCCUUAAAGGUUCUUUAUCAGAAACCCCCAAUUGUGUGGGGGUUUUUUUUCAAUAAAAGGACCCCAGUCUUUUUCAAAAAUAGUUUUGUCUUAAAAAGUAAAACCUCAGCUAGAUUAUUCUGAGGUGCAAGGCAGGACCAGGGCCAUUUCCAGACAGUGUCACCCCAAAUGUCAUACACUCCUGCUUCCACAUGCAACUCCAGCCAUUCCUGUCAGCGCUCACCAUUGCUGCCUUUAAUUCUCGUUUAUUUGGUUAAUCUUAGACAAAGAAAAAUUUUUAUUUCCAAAUCCUGUAUGCUUCCCUUGGCAAGCAGGGAUUUUUUUUCCUGUCAGUUAACACUUGUCUUCAAACUGCACCUAGAAAUAGUCUGUCUUCCGAAAGACUUUGUAAUUGUCUUCUACUUGAUACAAAUGUCUCCUCCUACAUUUUUUUUAAUUUGUUCUCCCAUUUUAAUUCUCCGUUGUUCAUUUAGGCAGCAUUCAUUAUUAGUUCUCAAAUAAAAAUAGCUUCUAUUUUAUAUCUGCACAAAGUGUCAGAGUUAAUGAACAGGCAUUUUACUGGCAAUUGGUACCACUCCAAUUAUUUUAAAGUUUUUGCCUAUACCUUCUAGUCUUUAGUUUUAUUUCUUCCAGUCUUUGCCUCGUCAUGCACACGAUCUUCUAAGAUAUCAUAAAUAAUAUAUUCCUGUAUCUUGCAAUACAAAAAGCAUAAAAAGUGAAGUGUGUGGACUAAAUAAACAAAUACCUAAAAGCAGCUGACAGAGCCGGGGGUGAGCGCUGCUGUUUGUCAAAAUGGAGUCCUGGGUCAGCAGUAAUGGUGGGAGGCAAAGGAAUGAUGCGCCACAGCCUGGGAAAGUUUUGGGUCAUCUCUACCCUUAUUUUUGGCUUAAGGUUGGUUUGUCAAUAUCCACAUACCUGCGUAACAGCCUGGCAGAAAUAUGAAGGUUAUAACCAUGUCUUUAUAAUAAAGUGCCUUUCCUUUUGAAA